GCACUCUGAAGCCUUGAAGGACACCUUUGCUUUAUUGAAGACCAUGGAUAUAUGUUUGGAUUGUACUGUGGUGUGCCACCUAAUACAGAACAUUGUCAUUCAUUUGCCUAAGAAAAUGAAGCCGCAUCCUAAUUUUUGAAUUAGAAGAAUGGGUCCAGAUGUUCCUUUACUAAAUGAGUACAAGCAGGAAUUCUUUUGGAAACGGUUUCCACAAACAGUGCUUGGGGGACCACGAUUCAAACUUGGAUAUAGUGCUCCUCCCUAUAUUUACAUCAAUCAGGCCAUUUUGUUUUUGAUACCAUGGCUCUUGGGGGGUGCUGGCACUGUACUGGGCGAAGUGAAAGUGUUGCAAGACUAUUAUACAGCAGUGUUCUCAGGAGGACUGAUGCUCAUUGCAGCAUUCAUCAUUCAGCUUUUAAAUCUAUAUGCAAGAAAGAAGACAUCAACUGUAGAAAGGCUGCAAAAUCAAAACACCCUAACAGAUGAAGACGAAUAUGAUUUCAAUAGCUGCCUUGGGUCAGAAACGAUCAAAUUUGUAAUUCCAGGCAAGAAGUUCAUAGCCAAUACCAUAUUUCAUUCACUUGUCGCUGGAGUGUUGUGUGGACUGGGAACAUGGUAUUUACUACCUUACAGGCUCAACUUGCUUUACGGCAAUAUCGGUGGGACAGUCAUGAUCUUUAUAUUUGGAUGGCUAACGAUAUGCAUUGGCGAAUAUUGUUUAAUCGUGAAUUCUGCAACAGAAACCGCUACAUUUCAUGCACAGGACACCUAUGAAAUUACAGCCCUCCUACGCCCUGCCUAUAUUUUUGCUUUUAUUGCUGUUGACCUUGCAGACAGGUUUAUUGUGACUGUACCAGCCCUACAAUUGGCCAACCAAGUCUUGCAUGUUGUCUUUUUGUUUUUGCCAUUUCUGUGGGCACUGGGAAUUCUUCCACCUCUGGAUGCAUUGGUUCUUUGGGGAAUGGAGCAAACACUGGAAUUUAUCUUGGGUGGCUCACCUAUGUCUAGUAAUCUGAGGGUGCUAAUACUAUUUAUCAUAUCUGCUGCAACAACAAUAUCUGCUUAUUUCAUACCAAACUCUGUCGGUUUAGUUUUAUUUAUGGCUGGACUUGGAUUCAUCCUUAGUCUUGAUUUGACAGAAAUGUGUAUCGUGCUCAAGCAUCUCCUGAAGAGACUUUCACCUUUCAUGAAAUCAACAAGUCCUGCUUCUUUGCACUGGCAAUUGAGCUGGAAAGAGCCUACUGUUUACUUUGUCAUUUUACUUUUGAUUCUUCUUGAAGCAAGCCUGUUGCAUUAUUUUGCUUAUUCCGCAUUCUCAAUAUCAAGUGCACAGGCCAUAGUCAGUUACUGUUUGAUCAUAUUACUGGUUUCUCUCUGGAUUCUCAAAGAAAUGCAAGGUGCUUACAUACUGGGGAUUAUAAGGAACCCCUUUUUCCAGAGUGACAUCAGGAUGCUAAAUGACUUUAUGAAGAAACAAAGCCGGUUACGGAAAGUUGCAGUGGCCAGGAGAAUUCUGCUCACAUUAGUGUCUCCUUUUGCAAUGGUGGCGUAUCUCUCACUAGACACAUCUCUGUAUAAUCUCCAUUCUGCCUCUGUUUGCAUUGGAUUUACAAGAGCUUAUAGAACGAUUUGGCAGAAUACAGAGAAUGCAUUGUUUGAGAUGGUCAUUGUGUCUAUUGUACAGCUUUUGGUUUUUAACACAAGUGUAUGGUGGAAUGUAAGCCUGGAUACAGGGAUUCGACUUCUCCUGAUCGCAUUUAUUCGUGACCGAUUAUGUCAGCUAGUUUCCAAACUGCAGUUUGCCAUUACUGUUCUCCUGACUUCCUGGACAGAGAAGAAGCAAAGGCGAAAAUCUUCAACCAGCCUAAUCACAGUGAACAUUAUAUUCUUCCCCUUUGUGCUGAGUUUUGUCAUCCUUUCUGCAGUGCUCUCAUCCCCUUUGCUUGCCCUCUUCACUCUGCCAGUUUUCCUGGUAGGAUUUCCCAGACCAGUUCGGAGUUGGCCAGGAGCUGUGGGUGCCUCGGCAUGUUUCUGUACAGAUACUGUGUACUACCAACAGAUGGUCCCUGGUUUGGUUGCUGCUCUGCAAUCUGCUUUUGCAUCUGGUAGUCUAGGAUUGGUUACUCCUGGAUCCCACUUUCUCUGCCGUUUUCAAGAUCGUUUGAUAUGGUUACUGGUUCUUGAAAGAGGUUACACAUAUUGCUGUGUGAAUAUUAAGGGUUUGGAACUACAGGAGACAUCUUGCCACACAGCCGAGGCACGAAGAGUCGAUGAAGUAUUUGAAAUGGCCUUUGAACAGGCAGAAAGUGCAGGAAUAUUUGCUCUGAAUCACCAUUUUGGAAACAUCAUGACGCCAUGUACUGUUGUCCCUGUAAGAUUGUACUCAGAUGCCCGCAAUGUUUUGUCUGGUAUAAUAGACUCUCACGAGAACCUUAGGCAAUUCAGAGAUGAUUUCAUUAAAGUUCUCCUGUGGGUUCUUAUAAAUUCUUGCUACAGAAACUCAAAAUCCCAUAAAAGCAUGGAUGUGGAUGAAAAUGAAGAAAACAUGCCAGCUCCUUCUAAAACCCAAGCUCAAACUGGUAGUGAUCCCAUCGCAGGAAACCCCGAUGAAUUAAAAGCUGCAGAAAAUAUUCAUGAAGACUUUGAUGAAUGGUCGGAUGAUGACAUAUUUGAGAUUCUUCCUCGCACAAAUAAAACUGGAAUUAGACCGAUCGUGGCGUUUACAGGCGACAAGCUGUCCAUUCCAGGAUGUGUUGAAAUGAAACAUGUGGACAAUAGUGUUGAACAAGAUAUAGCGGUGGAUAAACUUUAUUCUGUGGUUGGAUUUGGUUUUCCUGCUAUCGACAAGGGGAAACAGACUCUUACUGAGCAUUUUAAUAUGGUGCCGUUCAAUAGCUCAUACUCUAGAUUUCUCCGCAUACCUCAGGAUUGGAUAUUUGUUUCCUUGCCUCAAUUAAAACUGAAUGAGAUGAAGCAGAUGUUUCCAAGAGACUGGUAUGAAUUCAUUUUCACCCAGCUAGAUUUCCAUCACUUGAAUGAAAAGCCUUCAACUGUCCAGGAUGAACUCAGCAAAGACAGUUGUCUGCAAGAUCAGUUUAUCCAAGGACUGUCAUCCAUUUAUUUUGCCUUCUUUGGGAUGGAAAACUUGGUUCCUAGUUCUGCAUGGUUGUUCAGAGCUUAUCUAGGUGGUAUGCCGUGGUCGGUUUCCUUGGAUUGGUUAACUGGAAGACCAGAAUUAUUUCAACUUGCACUAAAAGCAUUUAGGUAUACAUUUAAGCUAAUGGUUGAUAAAUCCAGUCUGGGACAAGUAGAAGAUUUUAAAGAGCUCAUCAACUAUUUAGAAGAAUAUGAUAAUGACUGGUAUAUCGGGCUGGCAUCGGACAUGGAGUGGCAGCAGGCUGUUUUGCAAGAGAAACCUUAUCUUUUUUCCUUAGGUCAUGACCCAAAUAUGGGAGUUUAUACUGGCAGAGUUCUUACCCUUCAAGAGCAACUGGUGCAGAUUGGCAAAUUGAACGCAGAAGCGGUUCGAGGCCAGUGGGCAAAUCUAUCGUGGGAACUAUUGUACGCUACAAACGAUGAUGAAGAACGUUACAGCAUUCAGGCUCACCCCAUACUUUUGCGGAAUCUGACAGUGCAAGCUGCAGACCCUCCUCUUGGAUACCCAAUUUAUUCCUCUGUACCACUCCAUGUGCCACUGUAUUAAUGUUUUGGUUCUGUGUAUCUGCAUGUUCAGUCUGAAGCACUACAUUAUCACACCCCGGUUGCACAUUUAUACAUGCUGCUGUUGGACUCCCUGCGCUGACAUGUUUUGUCUAAUUUAUUCCUGUUUAUUCCAUACAUUUAUCGUUAGUAUACCUUAAGGUAGACAGGUGUAUUCUGGUGCAUUACUUUACAGCAAACUUGUAAAUAUAUGUACAAUUUAGAGAAAGAAGACCCACAACAUUUGACCAAAAUGUAUGUAAAUAAUGUAUGAUAUUUUUAAAAUAAAGAUUUCCUUUUUAUUACAGUAAUUCUCUGGAUUAGCUGUAAGUCUGCAUUAAAAGUCAGAUG